GUGAACAGAAGAGCAGCGCAUCACUGACCAGCGCGGGACAAAAGCUUUGUAUAGCGGAGAGAGGAACACUGUGGAAGCAAACAGCACAGAUCUCCACCUGGCUGUGCUUUGUGAAGAUGACAUUGGGAGACUGUGAGUCUGUGUGCAACGAGUCUGCAGCUCUGGAGGGCCAGGGGCCCCCGGUGCUGGUGGACGCCUGGCUGGUCCCCACUUUCUUCAGCCUCAUCAUGCUGGUGGGCUUGGUCGGGAACUCGCUGGUCAUCCAUGUGGUCACCAAGCACCAGCAGAUGAAGACCGUCACCAACUUUUACAUAGUAAACCUAGCCACAAGCGAUAUCUUGUUUCUGGUGUGCUGCGUACCCUUCACUGCCACACUGUACCCACUGCCCAGCUGGAUCUUUGGAGAGUUUAUGUGCCGACUGGUAAACUACCUGCAGCAAGUGACUGCUCAGGCCACAUGUAUCACUCUGUCAGCCAUGAGUGUGGACCGCUGCUACGUGACCGUCUACCCUCUGCAGUCGCUGCAACACCGCACGCCUCGCAUGGCCCUCACCAUCUCUAUGUCUAUCUGGAUAGGCUCUUUGCUCCUGUCGAUCCCUGUCGCUGUGUACCAGCGUCUGGAGGCAGGAUACUGGUUUGGCCCUCAGACGUACUGCAGUGAGGUCUUCCCCUCUGCUAGCCUCCAGAGAGCCUUCAUCAUCUACAGCUUCCUGGCCGUCUACCUUCUACCCUUGCUCACCAUCACCGCCUGUUACGCCUUCAUGCUAAAGCGCAUGGGGCAAGCCAGCGUGAAUCCCAUCGACAGCAGCUACCAACUCCAGGCUCAUGCAGAGCGAGCAGCAGCCGUACGGGCGCGCAUCUCCCGGAUGGUGGUGGUGAUGGUAGCUCUCUUCCUCAUCUGCUGGGGCCCCAUCCAGGUCUGCAUCCUCCUGCAAGCUUUUGGCCUCCGCAGUUAUCUUCUAUACAAGCUGAAGAUUUGGGGUCACUGCAUGUCUUACUCCAACUCCUCCGUCAACCCGCUCGUUUACGCCUUCAUGGGCAACAACUUCAGGAAGGCCUUCAAGCACGCCUUCCCUGCUGUAUUUCUGUGGCGCACAAGGGGGAGAGUCAGGGUGGAAAACAUGGACACAGAGGACGGGGGAGACAAGGGUCGCCAGGCACCCAAAGGAGGAGCAGAGCUGAACUUUCUUUCAUCUGUGUCCUAAAGGUCACACUGUGCCCUCAUUGUUUAUUUAUAGUUUGUUCUGGAGAUGAGAGCACCCUGGAUGUACACUGGUCAUCCUGACUCAAUGUGGGCUUCAUAUAGAAAAUACUAACAACACAAGUAAGUAACAGGUUUAAACCAACACAUCCAAACCAUAGUAACUGCCAUGUGAUCUCUUCGUAGGAGCAGAGCAGUCAGGAGCCUAUUGUGACUUCCACACGCUGCUGAAACACGUCACACGUUUCUAGUUUCCAAUUUAUUUUAUUGAAGGUCAACGUGUUUGUGCUCUGGGCUUUUUUGUCUUUACAUUAUUUCAUGGAGAUAACUGUCCUUUAUGGACAGCAGCCUUGU